AUAUAAAUCUGUAUCUAUCGAUCAUAAAAAGAAAAAGAAAAAUGGCAACCACCUUACUCCGCCGAUCAUUUCCGAAAAUCAAAUCAUCCCAACCAUCAAAACUUCUGAUCCUACGGUCACACGCAUCGGAGCCACAAACCGAAAACUCAACUCCAAAAUCCACCACCCAAUCAAACCCAUCUCUGAAAUCCUUCCAAAUCUACAGAUGGAGCCCCGACAACCCAUCGAAACCGGAACUCAAAUCCUACAAAAUCGAUCUCAAAGACUGUGGGCCAAUGGUACUAGACGCCUUAAUCAAAAUCAAAAACGAAAUCGACCCAUCUCUCACAUUCCGAAGAUCAUGCCGUGAAGGGAUUUGCGGGUCAUGUGCAAUGAACAUUGAUGGGUGUAAUGGGCUAGCUUGUUUGACAAAAAUCGAGCCCGAAAAACCCGAAACGAUGAUAACACCGUUGCCACAUAUGUUUGUGAUUAAGGAUUUGGUAGUGGAUAUGACGAAUUUUUACAAUCAGUAUAAAAGUAUUGAACCGUGGUUGAAAAGGAAGUCGAAACCGGAAACCGGGUGGGAAGGGAAAGAAGUGUAUCAGAGUAAGAAAGAUAGGGAGAAAUUAGAUGGGAUGUAUGAGUGUAUUUUGUGUGCUUGUUGUAGCACUUCUUGUCCUAGUUAUUGGUGGAAUCCUGAGUCUUAUCUUGGCCCCGCCGCUCUUCUUCAUGCUAAUCGGUGGAUCAUGGACAGCCGUGAUGAAUAUACAAAGGAGCGACUAGAUGCUGUAAAUGAUGAAUUCAAGCUGUAUCGCUGUCAUACAAUAUUGAACUGUGCCCGUGCCUGCCCCAAGGGACUAAAUCCUGGGAAGCAAAUCCAGAACAUCAAAAGCCUUCAAGCUUAAAGUGUUUUUAGUUGUUUGUUUCCAGAUUAAUUUAAUUAUAAAGGGAUAAUGAUGAUUGCCGUCCCUAAAUUAUUUCUGGGAUUAUGUUAGAAGAUGUUUGUAAACUGUUUUGUUGCUGAUAAUAAUUGGUAGACAUGGAACAGAUAUCGCCAUUA